AUGAUUGAAGGAAGACUUCUAAAAGCAGAUGCAACAUCCUAUGCUAACUCAGAUGCUAUAACACUAGCAAAUAAUGGAAUCAUGCACUUAUUUCAAAGAAUUGAUUAUCAACUAUCAAAUGAAAUGGUAGAGCAAGUUAAUUUUCCAGGCCAAGCAACUACAAUGCUUGGAAUUUUAAAAUAUACAAAUGACUUUCAACUAUCAAAAGGAAUGAAUCAAUUAUGGCAUAAAGAUAGUGGAACAUCAGCAAGUUAUGCAGAUAACUUAGGAUUUUCAAUAAGACAAUCAUAUAUAAUUCAGAAACCGACUGCAAAAGGAUCAUUUUCAUUUUAUAUUCCUUUAAGACAUAUUUUUGGAUUCUGUGAUGAUUAUGAUAAAGUUCUUUAUGGAUUUCAACAUACAAUUACCUUUACAAGAAAAAGUGAUGAUAGUGCAAUUUAUAGAGCUUCUGGAGUAGCUGCAGUUUUCGUUCAAGAUACUGUGAAAUGGCAGUUACAUACUUUAUUUGAUUGGAAUAUAGGAUUAAGAACUACUGAAACACCUAGAUAUGUAAUUGUAGGAUUUCAAACAAACAAAGAUAAUGAUCAAACACAAAACCCUUCAUCAUUUGAUCAUUGUGACUUGCAAGAUAUAUGGGUUGAACUAGGUACAACAAAAUAUCCUUACUCAGGUUAUUUAUUAUCUUUUCCAAAUAUGCAAUUCUCAAGGAUUUAUGAAGAAGCUAUAUCAUUUGCAAAUAAUUAUUAUAACGUACCAGAUCCAAUACAACUAGGAAACAUGACACCUUCAGACUAUAGAGAUUUAUAUCCAAUUAUGGUUUUUGAUAUAAGCAAUCAAGACAGAAAUACUUCAAGUACAAUGAGUACCAUUUAUAUUAAAUCUAAAUUUAAUACAGCUGUUCCAGCAAAUACUAAAGCGUAUGCUCUAAUCAUAUCUGAUAGAUUAGCAAAACUUGUUUCAAAUGGAGAAAAUUUAUUAUUUGAACGCUAA